CAGACCCCGUGACGUAUGCGGUCACCAUUCUACUGUGCGGACAAUCAAUAAACAUCUUCUGCAAAGUGACAACAAACCUCCAUACCGAGCAUAUUUGAGGAUAAUAAACACAACUAUGGACCCCUCAGCGACCAUAGGUGGCUUCAUCAGCACUCUGACGGAGAUGGGCUUCAGUCACGAUCAGAUACAGGCAGCGAUGCAGGCAGGAUUUUUUUCUGUGACAGAAGCGGCUGAAUGGCUUCUCCAGGGUGGCAGUCCACGACACAAACUGGUCAAGCAGCCAUCAGGUCCGCUAGAUACGCCGUUUUCUGCAUUUAACCCUCCAAAAGAUGCUCUGAGCUCCAAUAACAACUCGCAGUCUGAAGCAACAGGUCCUUCUUUGGUUUUGGCACCUCCAUCUGUGAAUGCUCAGACAACAAAAGAGCAGCUGCCUCUGGAAACCAGGAUCAAGCAGGAUAAGAGUAAUUUUCAUGAGCAACAGAGGCAGAAAGUGGCCCAAGAGGCUCGAGCAGAAAGAAGACAGAAGAAGCAGGAGCGUGAGUUGGUAUUAAAGAGGAUAGCAGAGGACCGGCGCAGUCAGCAGGAGAAGGCCCAAACUGAUGCCACAGCUGACACAUCUCCCUCCAGUGCACAAGGGCAGAGACUGGGUGGACGUGUGGAGACAAGCGUGGACAACCACUGCAUCCUCAUGAUCCGUCUACCUUCUGGAGAAUCUAUGCGUGAACGUUUCCCUGCUGAAACUCCUUUAAGUCAGGUUGUUGAAUACAUUGCCAGUCGCCACCCGUCGCUCCCUGCCUUCUCACUCCUGCAAGGUUUUCCUCGAAAGCGUUUUGGAGAAACUGAGCUGACCUGCUCGCUUCGCUCUCUCGGACUGACCCCCAACGCUGCACUUUGCAUACAGACCACGCCUCCCGAGACGCCUCAGGACCCGCCCAGUCCAGCGCCACGAUUGGCUGCUGUAGAGCAGCCAGAGGUGGAGCCACAAGAAGAGCCAGUAGCUCUGCCCCAGGUGGAGGCUGGAGCUUUAGAGGAACAGGAAGUGCCUCCACCUCUCCCUCAUCAGCUGUGGGAGGAAGCAGUGGGGUACGCCGGGAUUCCUGGUGUCGGUCCACCACUAUCAGGACCCUCUCACUAUUGGGGACGAGGCCAGAAACUGGUGCAAGGUGAUGCAGAAGAUGAAGAGCAUUUGGAAAACGAGGAGCAACAAGAGGAAGAAGUUGUACCUCCAUUUAAUUUCGAAGGGCUGCCACGGUUGCCCUUCUUCAUGGAGAACAGGGCAAGAGGAGGACUGGAGCUGAGACAUCACUGGCCAGAGCAGGGCAACAGACUCAGGGAGGCUGAGCCUGAUGACCCAGCAGACCCUGAUGAAGGUCGUGCGUUACGAGGAGCUGCAGGUCAGGCCGCAGUGGAGCGUUUACAGCGAGGAGCCCAUCAUGACGAUCAGCAUUCAACACACGGGCAGCCCUCGCCACCCAAAAAACCCUUCAAGACCCCCCGUGUGCCUUCUCUCUGCUCCAUGGCCACCAGGGCCACCGUUUCCCUCAUGACAGCUCCCAGCAUGCAGUACAGCAGCAGUCUGGCAUGUUUGACUCCAGAGCUGGCCGAACUCUUGUUGUCUCACAUGGCACGCGAGCGUCUCCUUCGGCCGCGGACACUGGAGCUGUUUUUUGGCUGCCCGCUACAGAAGUUUGUCCUCAACUGCUACCCAUACACUACCAAUGAGCUCCUGCGGCAGCUGAGGGCCUUCACCUGUCUCAAACACCUCAGCUUCCUCAACUCUCCACUUAUUACAGACGCCGGUCUUUCGGUUUUGUCCAACCUCUCCAAACUGCAGCAUCUCAACCUGUCGUCUUGUAGCAAACUGACAGACAGCUGUUUGCAGCACAUCACAGGACUGCGCAGUCUGACGUUUCUGUCUCUGGAUCAGACUAAAGUGAGCGAUGCGGGUCUGCUGCUGUACCUGCAGUCUGGAUCUUCAGCGCUGUGUCAACUGAGCCUCAAUCAGACGGCCAUCACUGAGAGCACACUGAGAGUGCUGCCCACGUCUGUGCCACAGCUGCGGAUGCUCAGUAUCAAACACACUAAGGUGAGUGAUGUGUCUGCAUUGGCGGAGCUGAAGAACCUGCAAACUCUUCAUCUGGAUGGGACAGGUGUGCAAGAAAACUCUCUCCAGUGUCUAGCAUCUCAUCCCAGCCUAUCAGCUCUCAGCCUGGCCGGCAUACCAGUGGCUGAUGGAAACCACACUCUGGAGAUCAUCGCAGGACUAAGGCUUACACAGCUCACGCUGCCUGGCAGACACUCUGUGACGGACAGCGGACUUUCAUUUCUUUCCAGACAGACUUUGCUUUUAGAGCUGGACCUGACCGACUACACUCAGCUCACUGACCACGGCAUCACACAGCUCUCCAGCAUGACCAGGUUAAAGAAGCUGUCUCUUAGCAACACUCAGGUGAGUGACAGUGGUCUGCAGGGUCUUGUCUGUCUGAAGGAGCUCCAGGAGCUGUGUCUGGACCGCACAGCCGUCACCAGUAGAGGAGUUGCAGCUCUGAUCACACACCUUCCACACCUGCAGGUGAUGGGUUUGGCCAGCACACAGGUGGGCGAUACGGUGAUCAGACGAGGUUUAGUUCACUGUCCUCAGUUGCUGAAACUCAACCUCAGCAGAACCAGAAUUACAGAUCACGGUCUGAAGUUCCUGUGUCGUAUGCAGUUGAGUCAGGUGAAUCUGGAUGGCACAGGCGUGACUCUCGUUGGCAUCGCUAACCUGAUCUCCGCAUGUCCUCAUCUGAGCAGUGUACGAGCCAGUCAUACCCGCGCCAUCCCUCCAGAUCAGCAGUCGGAUGAUGAUGACGACCAUAAUAAUGGCACACGAUCAUAGUGGGUUUUGUUUGUUUGUUUAUAUAAAUGCUCCAUCCACCAUUUGCUUCUCAGCGCUUCCUUUUACCGGUAAAGUAGCACUAUAAUCACACUUGGGUUGACAAUCAAGCUGAAAUACUCUUUUUGUUUUUUCUGAAUGUGGUUCUACAACACUUAUAAACGAAAGCAAAUGUGCCAUGUAUAUGCACACUUCAGAUUUCAGUUGUUCAGUUUGCGUUUUUUGCAGUUUCAGUUUCAGUUUUUGUAAAUUUUGCAAUAUUGUCUGCUUAUAACACAGUAAUAAUCCUCAAAUAUUAUAUAUUUUAUAUAUUAUAUUUGCAUGACGGAUGACGUAGAAGCAUCUGAACGAUGUGCACCGAGGAUUCACGCAUGAUUUUUAAAAAUUUUCAUUUGAUAAAUUAAUUGAAUUGACGUGAUUAAGGAAUGAUGCUUAAGAAUUGAUGCAAAUAUAUUUUGGAUAAACUAAUACUGAUGAAUGAUUUGAGGUAGAAAGCUACUUUGGAUUUAGUUGCUGUGUUUUUUUUGUUGUUAUUGUUGUUUUAAGUUUAGAAAUAUCCGUACAAGCCAAAGUGUGUCGUUUUUAACUCCACGUUCAACAUGUAACUCAUGUAACAAGUAUAUAUAUAUAUGCUGGACCAUUAUAUUAAACUAGCGCUGGGCAAAGAUUAAUAGCAUCCAUAAAAAAAAUAAUAGUUUGUUUUUCGA